CUGCGCAGGUGCUUUAAAACAUGGAGGGAAAAUUUUUACCAGGACUGGGUCAACAGUACCUUUUAUUGACCAAAUUUAUUAUUUUAUCGCUAAAUACUUAGUUCCAAUGACCACAGCCAGUCUGCGACUCGAUUAUUUUAGCAAACCUUCUUACAGCUGUCAGAAACGGACGUUAUUUACUCGUCAUGCAAAACACUGAGGAAGCUGAAGGCGCUCAUCAGGCGCUGGUUUUCUUUGACCUCGAGACGACUGGACUGGGUCCGAGUUGUGAGAUCGUCCAGCUGGCUGCGGUGAGCGGGGGCCACUGGCUGAACCUCUACGUCGUCCCUCACGGUCAAAUGCAACGAGGAGCGGCCAAAGUGACCGGCUUCAAGGUUCGUAGGCAGAGGCUGUACCUGCACCGCCAACCUGUUCUCACCAACUCCCUCAGAGAGGUCCUCAUCGCCUUCAUCGCUUUUCUUCAAAUGCUUGGACGCCCUCUUGUCAUUGGCCACAACAUUCGCCACUUUGACUGUCCGCUUCUGGCUCGCACGCUAAAUGAAUUUGACCUCAGGACAGAGUUUGAGGCUUCAGUCUCAGGUUACGUUGACACUCUACCGUUGGCACGUGAGGUGCUGAAGGACUACUGCCUCCAGAGUUUUCGACAGGAGAACUUGGUCAGGGAGCUGCUGGGCGUGAGCUACAAAGCCCAUGAUGCUCUGGAAGACGUCCGGGCAUUACAGGCCCUAUAUAACAUUCUCCGGCCCAAGGCAGAGGUGAUCUGCAGGCAUACAUUUACUCUGGACACCAUGUGCAGCAAACCAGCUGUCACAGCUGCCAAAGUAUCUGGCAGACUACCAGGACAGCGACCCCUGUGGGAGCACUUCAAACAGACUGUGACGGUUACAGAGGAUCAUAACGGAGAACCUGACAGACUUUUAAAUCAACCAUUAUUGUCUAAGUGAGACUUAAAAAAAAUCAAACAUAGCAAACAGGAAAAAAGUGGACAUGCCACCAGCCUGUACACUGGAUUUAAAGAUGUAGAUCUUUAUGGCACUUUUCUACAGCACAUAUACUGCUGGCCAAUCAAAUGAACGGCUGAGUGGAGAAACAGAGGUUUGAAAGGUGAGGAGAACCUACACAGGUCUUGUUCUUGUUCAGGAGUUUAGGUGGCAGGUAAAUACCUUAAUUUACUGAGCGUGAUUGAAGUUGUGUGUCAGUUGAAGUGAUCUGUGUCAGUUGUUGAUUUCCAGCUUUUAGUACAACAAACAGGCCGACUGUAUGUUCAUUUUUUUUUUAAACAAUAUGCAAAUAUCUGACUAUUUGAGUAAUCUGUAGGCAGUGAUGGGUAGAUUUAUUAAAAUGUCUUCUGCUGAUCCAGCAGCUUCACUGUCAUUAUUAUAUAUUUCAGACUUUUGCUGACAGUUUUAUGACAGAAGAAAUUUUAUGUCCUUAAUGUUUA